AAAGUACGACGAGCUUCGUGGUUUUUAUAUACAUAAUUCUUUGAAUCACUGACCACAAACCACUUAUCCUCUUUCAGUUUCACGUUGUACUACUCCAAUGGCGAAAACACUCGAGAUUACUCGUGUCUAUCCUUCAACAGAGUCAUCAGAUUCCUUCACCGACUUCUCUCUGCUGUUGACUUUCUUCGAUACCUGCUGGUUCAAGUUCCCUCCGGUUGAGCGUCUCUUCUUCUACUCUCUCCCACAACCAAAACAAACUUUCUUAGACUCAACAAUCCCAAAACUCAAACACGCUCUCUCUCUAACUCUCCAACACUUUCUCCCUCUCGCCGGAAACCUAACUUGGCCUCGAGAUUCCCCCAAGCCCAUCAUUCUCUACACCCCAAAUGACGGCGUUUCUCUCACCGUCGCCGAAUCCAACGCCGCCGAGAAAGAUGAAGACUUUGAUUUCCUCUCCGGUAACCAAGCCCGCAAAGCGGCGUCGUUUCAUCCCCUCGUUCCGAAGCUGAAAGUUUCCGAAACAGGGGCUUCGGUGAUAUCCCUGCAAAUAACUCUGUUUCCGAACAGAGGAUUUUGCAUCGGCUUGGCUUGCCACCACGCCGUUCUCGACGGGAAAUCCACGAUCAUGUUCAUGAAAUCGUGGGCUCAUUUUUGCAGAUCGGAGAAACCGGAUUUACCGCCGGAGCUAACGCCUUUCUACGACCGGUCAGACAUCAACGACCAGCAUGGGCUCGACAUGCUGUACUUAAACAAUUGGCUUUCUUUAUCCAAGAUACCUAAUCCUAAAGAUGACCCAAAUCUGUUCCAGUUUUUCUCCUUUAUGGACGUCCCGUCGGACUUUGUUCGAGUCACUUUUGAGUUAACCAGAGCGGACAUAACAAAACUCCGGCAAAAGGUAUUAUCCACGUGGGAAAAACUAGGACUCACAGAACUCCAUUUAAGCUCCUUUGUUCUCACGUUUGCUCACACUUUAGUGUGCAUGUUGAAACUCAAAGAAACCGACGUCGAAAACCGGGACACAAAAAGAAAGGCCACGACCUUCGGGUUCACGGUGGAUUGCCGGAGCCGUUUGAGGCCUCCGGUGCCGGAGAACUACUUCGGGAACUGCAUCGGGUUUGCGCUGGACUAUAAGGACAAGCGAGGGGUUCUGAAGGAGGAAGACCCGGUAGCCGCCGUGGCCUCGGAGAUUGGCGAGAUGGUAAAGGAGUUUGAGAAAGUCGGUGUGUUGGAAAAGGCGUUGGAGGUCGAACGGAAUUUUUUUACGGUUUUGUCGAAGGAGGUUUUUGUUGUUGGAGUGGCGGGGUCGCCGAGAUUUGGUGUUUACGGCAUCGAUUUCGGGUGGGGAAAGCCACAGAAGGUGGAGAUUGUGUCCAUAGAUAGAACCGGAGCUAUUUCCAUGGCGGAAUCUAGGGAUGGAAGUGGAGGCGUUGAGGUUGGUCUCGUUUUGAAGAAGAGUGAAGUGAAUGUUUUCUCUUCUCUCUUUCUCACCUAGAGACUCAUAUGUCUAAAGUUUGUUU